AUGGAAUAAUAAUUUUUCGAUCCAAUACUGACAUUAAUUGACGAAGUUGACAGCAAAUUAGAGGAAGAACACAAAUGCAUUUCAAUAAGUGAAACUAAAGAUUCUUCUAUGGUUGUGCAUAUAACAGUGGAGUAAAAUAAGCAACUAUAUCGCAACUUAUCUGAAAAAUCUAAGCGUACAGAUGAUCUUUCGAGAUCUAUUGUAGACAGGAGAAUAGAGGCAUAUCAGCACUUGAUUUCAAAAGGAGCUUUGGCGAAUCUAGGUAUACUAUAUAUUUUUAUAAUUGAAUUAGGAGCUAAUAAAGAUGGUGUAUAUUACUUAGUGGUGUAUGGAAGUGCUUAUUGCAAAGUUCAAGAUGCCAAUGAAAAGAUGAGAUUAACUGAAUCCUUUAGGACAGUAGUAUUGAGCUGCUGGUCGUUGAUAUAUAUUCACUCAGGACUAGGAGCGUUUCAGAAAGGAGCUCUAAAAACUUUCAAGGAGUUGUAUCUAGAUAUGGAUUAAGAACAUAAGAAUAAAAUCUUAGGCAUCUACGUAAUACAGCCAUCAAAAAUUUGUGACUUUGUGGAGUACCUCAGAUAAAAUGAGUUGGAUAAAUCAAUGUAUAUUAAAUUCAUUCAAUAAUUACCGCCAUCAGUUAGCCAGAUUUUCCAAAGUGAGCUAAUUUCAUAGUAAAAGGACUACCCUGAGUUGAUAUAACUGACUAAUUCUAUAAUUAAUCCAAAUGUAGAUUUUUAAUCUCCGGAAUUUCUUAAGAAAUAUGCUUAGGGACCUAAUGAGUUAUCUACAUAAUCAAGUAAUGAGUCACUUUCUAGUAUUAAUAAUACUCAUGACGUGAUUGGUAAAAAUCUGAGUAAUAUACCUUAAGUAUUCGUUCAAAUUUACAACUACUUUGAUCAAGAUGAAACCAGAUUUAAGACUAAAGAUCUGUUUAAAAAGUAAGAUAUUGAAAGUCUGAGGCUAGUUGAUAAUCUAGAGCAGCAUAUCUCAAUCGGGGAUUAUCAGUAUUUGAAUUAAAUGGGAGAUCCUACGAUUGUAGGUUGCUAUUUCAAGAGUGUGUUGAAGUAUAUGGAGGAGCCAUUGUGUACAUAUAAAGGUUAUAAAAAAUUCAAGAAGAUAUGCGAGAGAUUAUAUUUGGACUCAAUUGACAAGAUUAUAAAGCAUAUUCAAUAGGUCAUCUCAGAGAUGGAACCUGUGUAUCAAUAAACUUGGAAAUUUAUUUUGCACUUUUUUUUCGUAAUAACUGAGCACCAAGCAUCCAACAAGAUGAACAUAAAAAAUCUUGCUACAAUAUUUUCAGACAUUAUAUUUAGAUAAAAUGAGCUAAGUUCUAAUGAUAUGGUGAUGUGGAGAGUCUUUACAGAUCUUUUAUGCUUUAUGAUAAGAGAAAAUCAUAAGAUAUUUAGAAAUAGCAAGCAAAGAAAAAUUAGUUUAGUAUCUCCUGAGAAGAGUUCAAGUUCUGUUACAAUAUAAUCAGAUGACAUUCUGUCAAGCUAAUCAAGUUUACCUCCAGGCCAAUGA